AAAUUACAAAAAUAAUUUGAUAUUCUACAUCAGCAAUGAAAUCUUACGAAAAAUACAUCACGAAUUUUCUAAUUUUAAAUUUUUACUCUCCGCUUUUUUUUAAUUAAAAAAUUACUCCUACUAUAUAAACUCAAUGUUUAAAGAAAUCAUUACUUUUCACGCACAACUAGAAACCUUACUUUUCUCUCUCUAUUUUUCUCUCUCUAAAUUCUUCUCUCAGCUCGUAAUCAAGCACGCUUCUUUGAAAAAUUCUUCUUCGAAAUUUCAGAUUCCUAAAUACAAAUCUCUUCAACAGAUCGAUCACCGGAAUUAUUCUUCUCUGCUGCAAAUCACAUAUAGAAUUCAAGCAAAACAGCUCGAUCUUCAUAAAAACAGUGAUUCUUAAAGGAUGGAAAUUAUUCAAGUGCUAAUGCAACAUGAUGGACAAUGGACAGAAGAUGGAAAAUAUAUAAACUUCAAAAUAACAGGAAUUUUAUUGGAAAUAGACUGCACAUUUGAAAGUUUUAUUGAAUUGGUAUAUCAACAUUUGCAAAUUCAAGAGACUGACACUCAAUUAGAUAUUCAAUAUCUAGUCAGUGAUGAUUAUCCUCCAAUCAAAAUAAAAGAUGAAGGAAGCCUCAGAUUCUAUAUACAGUUAAAAAGGAGUGAAAUGAACUUCACAAAAUAUCCAAUCUGCAUUAUAUUAAAUAAGCCUAUCAGAUUUCUGGAAUCAUCAUCAUCAGCAGCUGCAAACGAUUCAAUUCUAGUUCAAGAAGACGAUAUGACAUAUCUGGAUGAACAGUUCUUUAAAGAAAAAGAAAUGUCUUGUUCAAAUUUGGAUAUGAUUGAAUAUGCAAACCUUCUUUGUGACCUUCAAGAGGAUCUUCCGGAAACAGAUUUUAAUGAAGAUUAUAUUGCAAUAAAUCAAACUAAUCAUAAAUUAGAAGAAGGAGGCAUAUUCACUGAUAAAGAAUCAGUAAUAUCAGAGAUGAGCCUCUAUGGAAUAUCAGAUCAUUUUCAAUACAAGGUACAAAAAUCAUGCAAAAGACAGUACCGAUUGAGAUGUGUAGAUGAAUCUUGUGAAUGGAAAUUUUAUGCGUCAAGGGUUGGAAACACAAAAAUGUUUCAAGUACGAAAGUACAACAAUGUUCAUACAUGUUCUUUGGAGAUGAGAAUGGGAGACCAGAAAUAUGUCAGCUCAAAAACAAUAGCUAAAAUCAUCAAAUCACAAUUGUUGGAUAUAAAAACAAUUUACACACCAAAUGAUAUAAUAAGAGACAUGAGAAAGGAUUACAGCAUCAAAUUAGAUUAUUGGAAAGCAUGGAAAUGUAGACAAAUUGCACUAGAGCUUUUAAGAGGGAAACCAGAAGAUUCAUAUGGUGUACUACCAAGAUAUCUUCACAUGAUAAUGCAAACAAAUCCAGGAUCAUUUGUAAGUUAUAAAACAGAUGUGGAUGAUACAUUUCUCUAUGCUUUCAUGUCACUGAAGGCAUCUAUAAGUGGAUGGAAUCACUGUAUUCCUAUUAUGAUUGUGGAUGCUACCUUUUUGAAAGGACCAUAUGGAGGUACUCUGUUUUCAGCAUCAACUCUUGAUGCAGCAGGAAAAAUAUUCCCUCUUGCAUUUUCAAUAACAGAUUCAGAAAAUGAUGAAUCAUGGAAUUGGUUUUUUACACACAUCAAAAAUGUUUUUGGUGUAAGGGAAGAAAUGUGUAUAAUUUCAGACAGACAUCAGAGCAUUAAAAAUGCAAUAGAGAGUGUUUUUGCUGGAGAAGUUCAACAUGAUAUUUGCAUAUAUCAUUUACUAAAAAACAUGAAAAGCAAAUUCAGAAGGAAUCGGAAGACAAUUAAAGAUCUGUUCAAAGCAGCAGCAAGAGCUUAUACAAAGGAAGAAUUUAAUACUCAUAUGGCAGAGCUUAACAAUAUAAAUCCAGCAGUUAUAUCUUAUCUCAAGGAAGCAGGAUUCAAAAGGUGGGCAGUUUCACAUUCUGUGAAAAAAAGAUACAACAUAAUGACUUCAAAUACGGCUGAGUCAUUUAAUGCAGCAGUAAAUAGGGCAAGAGAAUUACCAGUUACCAUGCUUAUGGAAUACUUGAGAAGCUUGGUACAAAGAUGGAGCUACAAAAACAGAAAUCUUGCUAGAGGAACUUUCACAAAAUUGACUACCAAAUAUGAUUCUCUGCUAAGGGAAAAUUAUAUUAAUUCCCUCAAAAUCGAGGUUCAGCCAUCUGAUGAUGACAUAUUUACUGUUACUGAAAAUGGUAAACCCUCCACUGUUAACAUCAAGGAAAAAUCUUGCACAUGCAACAGAUAUCAAGAAGAAAUGAUUCCAUGUAAACAUGCUGCUGCUGUAUUCAAUUACAAACAUCAAGACCCAACUGAAUAUUGCUCAAAGUAUUUCACAAAUGAAGAAAUGCUUGCUACAUAUGCAGAAACUGUAUACCCGAUUCCUAAAGAAGAAACAUGGGAAGUCACUGCAGAGGUUGAAGAUGUCAUUAUCUUACCUCCUAUAGGAAGAAUUAAACCUGGAAGACCAAAAAAAAGAAGAAUAAAAGGUCCAGAUGAACAAAAAAAUCAAAAUAAGUGCAGCCGAUGUGAAAAAUAUGGACAUAAUUGUUAG